GCCAUUUUGUUUAACGUGAUAUAAUUUAAUAAUACAUUCAUUUCAAAUAUAAUGAACUCGUAAAUGCUGGUAUUCUUUUUAUACAUAUACAGGAAUUCAUGGAAAUGGUGCCAUUACUACAGUGAACAGAAGUGAUUAAAGAAAUAUGGCAAGCAGUAAUGAAGUUAAAGAGGAAUAUGCAUCGAGUUUGCGAGAUCUCACCUUUAAUAGCAAACCGUUAAUUAGUGUUCUAACCAUAUUAGCAGAGGAGAACAUUCAGCAUGCUAAAGAUAUAGUUGGAGUCAUAGAAAAUCAUCUUACAAGGGUUCGUACUGAGGUCAAGCUUCCAGUUCUCUAUCUGAUUGAUUGUAUUAUCAAGAAUGUUGGAAGAGAGUACACAUCACUUUUUUGUCAAAAUAUCGUCUCUACGUUCUGCAGUGUCUUUGAACAGGUAGAUGAAAAAACACGUUCAGAAAUGUUUAAACUACGCCAGACUUGGAAUGAUGUGCUACCACAAAAGAAACUGUAUGCCUUGGAUGUUCAAAUAAAACAACUCGAUCCAGCUUGGCCUGUUACAGCUCCUCCGCCUAAUAAUAGCAUUCACCUCAAUCCCAAAUUCCUAAAGAAUGCGCCUACCGGUGUUACCAAAGCAAGUACUGGUAAGAUUGUUCCUGUUUCUGGUGGUUCUUCGGUAGAUCCAGAAACUCUAAGCAUGCAACAGAAACUUAUAAACAAACAGAAGGAGUUGCUGGAGCUGCAACAGCGCAAACUUGAGUUAGAACUUCUACAAACCCAAGUUAGACUGCAAGAACAACUAAAAGGAAAAAUUGUAUCUAGCUCUACGUCAGAUACUAAAACUGUCACAUCACAGAAAACCACUUCUGCUCAUUCUCAGAAUUUACUUUUAAAACCCGGGGUAACUAAAGAAUUGUCUCCGACUAUAAACGUGAAGCCCUCAACUGGCAGUAAUUUAAGAAGCAAAUAUUCACAGAGUUUGUCAGCUAUGAAAAGUAAGUUACUGCAGCAACAGCAAACCGCAUCAGAUCAGACUACAACACCACAUGUAGCGCCUGUUAAUAGCGCUUUGGUAAACGCACAACGACCAACACGAGACCCUCGAUUAUUGCGCCUUCAGGAAAAGCAGCAGGAAGGGGACCGUCAGCAAGUGUCGGCAACCGAAAAUGUAAAUUCUAAUGUUCAUUUAGAAUCUAAGUCAAAAACUACUUCACCACAAAUAAUUCAAUCAGAAAAUAAAGUUGUUACAAAUAAGAUGAGUGUUCGAGACAAUCGUACCGAACCUCGUUCAGUUAGUAAAAAUAAAUCCUUUGGUCAGGGAAAAAGUAAAACACUACCAACCCGCUCUUCCUCUCCCAUUAAACCCAGCCCUAAGACGAGUGCAACGUCCAAGAAAACAACCUCUAAAUUUUCCCACGGCUCUAAAUCUUCUACUAGUUCUGCAUCUGACUUUUCUGGUAGUUCUAGUUCUAUCGAUUCUCCUAGUAAAAGUAAAAACGGUUUUUAUUCAAAAAAUCGAUCUCCGAGUAAGUCACCUCUUAAAGCAAAAAAAAAGAGUUUUCUUGUUACGGCAGAUAAAGAAAAGUUAGGUCAAAAAAGGGACGAUUCUAGCCCUCGCAAUAAGAAUCCUGAACUUGGAUAUGUUGCCUCUGAAUGUACUGAAAUUGUUUGUAAUGAUAAAAAGAGUGAUAAACUGCCCACUGCUAUAUGUAAAAGUGAUAAGGUAAUGAAAACUUUCAAAAGUGAUUCCUCGAGUAUUAUCAAGGAACUUAAGCCUUCGGCGAAAAAUCGUAAUUAUAUGCGACGUAAUCGAGAAGCUUCAAUUAGUCCUGAGCCACCGCACGACGUAGAUCUUCGGGUUUCCGGUCCACCUGAGAAACAUCUUCGUUUACAAGGAGAUACAUCGGACUGCAAAAGUGAUAAUUUAGAUAAUCCAGGUAUGGACGUAGAUCUCAGGCAGUUGCCAGGAAUGAUUGGCAAAAAACGCCCAUCAACCGAAACAGCCGAUUCUCCGUCGUUAAAGAAAGCCAAAACAGAACUAUUUGAUGUAUUAUUUGGCAGUGAAGACACUGAUUUACGACAGCUUCCUCCAGUAUCGCCUAAGAUUGUAGAAAGACCUAAGACGCCUCCACCUCCAAUAAUUUCGGAAGUAAAGGAAUCAAGUCCGCAAUUAGUUUUGAGUAGGGACAAGGAAUCUCCAAAGAAAACUCAUUUGGACUUACUUAGAGCUAAACUUGCAAGUGCCACGCAUAGGGACAAAUUUGAAAAAAUGCAAUUUUCUUCAGUUGAAAAAGAUGAUUCCAAAGCCUACGAGGACACCGACAUGCGAAAGUUCACUUCUUUAGAAAAAGUGGACAGAAUUUUCAUAUCCCCAGCAGAUGAACAAUGCAUCAAGACGGGAAACAUGACGAAAGCUCAAGAAACUGCUUUAAUGAAUAAAAUAAUUGCACAAAUAGAAACACAAAAACUACGGGAAGCCAAAAGAAAAGAGUCUGAAGCAAGCACUGUUUUACAGCCAAUUAGCGACGAUGAAUUGGAUGUUGAUGGCGAAUUUAGUGGAUCCGAUAUUGAAGAUGUUAAUAGUGGACAUGCUAAAUCCGUAGAUUAUGGUGAUAAAGAUGACCGAGUGACUCCAGCGUUCAAUCAGAGUGAUGAAAAUUUCUCUAAACAACCCAUGAGUAUUGAUCCUCGAGAGAUCAGACGACCAGCUUGGAGAGGAAGGCGAAUUCGAGGCACAUGGGAAAAUUAUCCUGGUGGCAUAGUUGGUCCAUUUAGACCACCGUUUCGAGGUAGGCAAGAUCCUUGGAUACGUUCAUCUAAUCCAACAAUGCAUCCUGGGCCUUGGAGGCCAAUGAAUUCAGGAUAUUUAAGAUCCCAUCCAUAUGGGGAAAAUUUAGGUCAUGAUGGUUCAGAACAAUCUCAGGGUUCUCCAAACGCUUAUCCUACUGGGGAAGAAACACCUGGUGACAUUGUAUUUAGUGAGUCAAUUCAGGACGGUGUAAAAACUAUUAAUAUUGACGGUGUUCCAAGAGUGAUUAGAUUUUAUGAUGAAACGGCUGUGAUUUUUAUGAGUUGGGAUGAUCCUAGAGAAAUUUCUUUCCAAGUUGGCAAUAGAGGAGUAACGUUCGAUGAUAAAGACACGUUUGUACUGUCUUUCGGAGAUAAUUAUCGUGAAGUACUCAUUGGUGGAAGUCCGCAUAAGAUCCGAUUUGGUGGUCCAACUAAGGAAAUAUUUAUCGACGGUAAAGGUUACGAAUGCUAUUUUGGUUCACCUGGUAUAUCGAUUGAUUUAGAUGGGAAAAUGGCUCAUUUAAAGUUGGAUGGCCCUCCACCACAAGUAAAAAUAGGAACCACAAAGCGAACUGAUUUAGUAGCGGGAAGGAUUAACUUAAUUGUUGAUGCAAAAAUUAUAAUACCCGUCUAUCUUGAUUGUAAAGUGCAACACUUUGAAGUUAAUGGUAAACUUCAUAAGCUUAAGUUUAUUAACUCGCUUAAAAAAGUGAUAAUAGACGACAUAGUAUACCCGAUAACGUUUGGAGGCUUACCAAAAGCAGUUAUUUUAUCAGGCACGAAACGUUUUAUAAGAUUUUCUGUUUUACCUAAAGGAAUUAAGCCAGGAAACGUUGUUAUCAAGGAUAUGGAAAAUAUUGGCAUAUACGAUUCUAGUCCAAAACCUGAAAAUGAAAAUAGUCAAGAUAGCCUUUCAACUGAACAAUCUAAAAUUGCCGAAGCUGUUAUACCUGCAUCUGAACCCAAAAGUCUGCCACUGGGUGUCGAAGAUGACGCAGAUAGAAAUUCAAACGAUCCUCAAAUAUUCCAGAACUUUAUUAGUCAACAAAGUUUCAAUAAUCUUGAUCUUCUUUCAAACGUUAUGACAACGUCAAUGUCUUCGUCGGCAAAUGCCAGUAGUUAUCAAAUCGAAGAUAACGAUCAUCAAACAAUUUCGGAUAAUACAACACACUUAACGUCUACUGAAGAAACUCCAAAACCAAUUUUGCCCCCUACUCUUAAUAUUAACGAACUUUUCCAAAAACUGGUCGCCACUGGUAUAGUUACAACAAUAUCUUCUUCGUUGUCUACUAUAAAAUCAACCGAUGCUGUUACCACUUCUGCUAGUAAAGCACCAGUAACUCCAGCUAAACUGCAAACUAGUAAUAAAAUUCAAAAAUUCCUUGAAGAUUCUAAGCCCGUUUAUUUUGAUAAACCAGAAACUCUGAAAAUGAGACAGCCGUCUUUGAUACAAGCCCUAUAUGUGGGAAUGCAAUGCAGUAGCUGUGGCAUGCGUUUUCCACCGGAACUUAGUAUGCACUAUAGUCAACAUCUCGACUGGCAUUUCCGUCAAAAUCGAAAGGGAAAGAAAAAUAUUCGUAAAGCAGCAAGUAGGAAGUGGUAUUAUUCAUUAACUGAUUGGAAGAAUUUCGAAGAAAUUGAAGACAUCGAGGAAAGAGAAAAAAGUUAUUUUGAAAACCAAAGUCACGUCGAAGGCAAUCCCAAUGAAGAGGAGGAAGAAAUAGAGAUACCUAGUGUGCCGGCUGAUAAAGACGUUCAGGAUGCAUGCUGUGAAGUUUGCAAAGAGAGAUUUGAACAGUUUUACAACGAAGAAAAAGAAGAAUGGCACUUACGGAUGGCCAUUAGGGUGGACGGAAAGACAUACCAUCCUCUAUGUCAUGAAGACUAUUUGGCUUCUCUGGUGGAUCAAACACUUUUGGAAGACAGCAAGUUAAGCAUCAGUCAUACAGACGAAGAAGAAAGUAAAGAUAAUAUUCCCGGCCUUGAAGUCUCAGAGGAACCUGUCGUUCUUGAUGAUGACGAGUUAGAGGUGAUAGAAGAUACUGGUUCUGCUGAUUAUGAAAAAGAACAAACAAAAGAAGAACCUUCCGAAUUAAAAGAAGAAGAUGUAGAGAAACAGGAAGAGAAUGCUGAAGAGGAGGAUGAUGAUGAUGAUGUUAUUAUACAUGAGGUUAUACCUGAAAAAAUUGUCGUGGAUGACGAUGAUGACGAAGAACUACCUCUUGAAGAAAUAUCAGCAGAGAAAAAACCUAUUGUCGUGAAAGAGGAAAUUAUUGAUGAUGGAUUUGUUGAUGUGGAGAAUGGAAUCUUGCAAAUAAAGUCUGCUGGGACAGUGAAGAUUAAAUCAGAACCAAUUGAUCCUGAUGAAUUAGUGGUAGAGGACGAGCUGGAAGAAGAAAGGCCGUGCAGUUCCCAAGGCAAUAUUGAAUUUAAACCUUCAAUUGAUGGAAACGUUGAAUACAACACUACAACCAUUCCAACAACGAAUACGUCUAUAGCCGGAAAAAUAAAAAUCAAUAUCAGUAAACCCAUAGUGACUACAGCCCUAAUUAAAGAAACUAAAGAGUCUGUUCUCGACGUCAAUACCGAGUGUAUUCUCAGCGGCCAUGAAAUAUGUAUCGAUCCGAGUCAGCCAUUACCACCCGGAGAAGAACCGGUACAAUUAAACGUUAAACCGGCGUUACAAGGAGUGUACCUGAAGAAACUACCAACGGUUAAAAAAGGUACGGAACUGACGGGUUUAUGUUCAAUAAUGUGAUUGUUAGUGUUAAUUAAAAGCGACAAGAAUAAUUAUUUGUGGUGCCAGGUUGAGUGUUGUUUUUAUAAGUAAUGUAUAUAAUAAAUUUAAAUGAAUGUGGCGUGCACAUGAGCAGAAAGAAAGGACAUUCCAAAAUGUAAAUAGAAAAGUUAUUUAUGUAAAUAUUUUUUGUUAUCUGUACGAAAAUGUAUUAUGUCUUUUCAAUUAUAAAAGUUGUAACUUAUUUAAUAAAACCAUUACUUUUACAGGCUCUUUGGUUGAGUUAAAUUUCAGUGUUGUACUAUUUCUGUUUUAAGUUAUAAUUAUUAUAUAAGUACCUUCAUAAUAAAAGUUUUGUUUCCUUUUUAACAUAAUAAAUCGACUAUUAAUCCUAUAAUGCUACAGUUAUUUAUGAAAUCAAUUGUAAGAAAGCAUUUUAUGUCUAUAUUAAAUACCUAAUAAUAAAUAACUAUUAUUACUAUUUAGUUCAGUAAUCAGCAAUU